AUGUUUAAAAAUAUUCAAAUAAAUCUUCCAUUUAAUCAUCAACAUACAUUAGAUCCGAAAUUUAUUUUAAUUUUAUUUUGUGUUGAACUUGGUUCCUUAAUCUUCAAUAGUCUUCAUAUCUUUUCACCUGAACUUCAUGUUUAUAAUGCUUAUAAUGAAGUUCCUAUUGUUUAUCAAGCUUCUUCCAAAGGUUAUUCUUGUUUUUCAAAUAUAAAUUAUUGUAUUUAUGAAAAUAAACAAUUACGUUUUUUAAAAAUACUCGAUUUAAUAUUUAUUUCUUUAAUUGUCAUAAGUUAUUGUUUUCUAUUUGUCAUUUUAAUUCGUCAUUGGCAAAAUAUGAAAAUUCGUUCAAAUAUCAAAAUAACUUGGUACGCAUCGUUACAAUUAAUCAUUAUUUUAAUUUUAUCUCUUCAUAUAUUAUUACGAAUUAUUUUAUUUGAACGUGAUACAACGAAUAAUAAUCAAUGUAAUCGACAAAAUCGUUUAAUUCGUUUCGAAAAUGCAUUUAAUUAUUUUGUUUUGAGUAUUGUGGAAAUAUCUUAUUUGGCUUUUGAUUUAGUUAAUAGACAAUCAUUACCAAAAGAAGAUUCGAAUCUUGAAUAUCAAUAUUCAACACAAAUACCUGAAGUUCGUCAUCUCAAUUCUGAUCACGAACAUCGUUCUCACAAAAUUAGAAAUUAA